UUUAGCGAGAGUUGUAUUCCGUUUGUUAUAUCCAUUCAUCACUUUUUAUGUGCAAAAUAACAAUUGAACUAAAAAUAUAAAACAUUUUUUAUUCAUUAAACACUUCAUUGAUUAUAUCAAGUGAUUGUGUUAUUGAUUGCAUUGUAUAGCAUUUUGUACGCGUGUUUUGCCACAUAUUUUUCCAGUGAUAUCUUUCAGUCAUUAUUAUUAAUAUUUAAAUAAAUAUCGAAGAGAUCAUCGAAACGGACCAAAUAGAGUGGCAAAAUGGGAGACAACUACGAGAAUAACUACGAUAUUGUAGACAUCGCCAAAAACUUUCACGAGUUAACUCAUCGAACACUAAACCUACAGAAAUGGGAGAAUACUACAUUUGACCCUGAUCAAAAGGACUAUCUCAUCAGUGUGGGAAUGUUCGCCGUGUGGCCGAUCACCACUCUUGUAGCCGUUCUGGUCAUAUACCUCUUGACAUCCAUUUUCAUGUGUUGCUGUUGUUCUGGUGAUCGCAAGAAGCAAAGUAUUAGGAUUGAGUUUAAAGUGUUCAUAGGACUGGUGGGACUGGUGUGCGGCCUCUCAUUUAUCGCCGGUCUAUACGGAGACUGGGAAUUACACACAGGGAUCCAAUCGGUGAAGAAUGCAUCAACAGAUGUCGUCGAUUGGUUCAAC